CCGGAGCCUUUAGGAGCGUCAGGGUUGAGAAAAGUUUAGACAUCCUGCGCUCGCACUCAAACACCUUGAACUGCUAAAAAAAAAAAAAAAAAAAAAGCACAAUGUUUGGAUUAUAAUGAACCUCCUUUAAGUGGCAACUUGGUACGCGUGGCCCGUCAGGACGCGGAGGAUGCGGACGCGCUAAAUUAACGGGAUCAGCCAGUGCAUCGAUUAAGACACAGAAGAUUAACUUGCUUCAUCUCAUUCACCCUUACCUAAUCUCCUUUUAAUUCGAGGCAAAUUCGUCCAGAUUAAGUCGGAAUGCAGCAGCCGGCAGCCCAACCCACAACUCCACAGACAGCCACAGAAAUACUAGAUCCAGCAGCUGAGUACCUGAAGCGGAGGAAGACAGCCCUGUGGGUGACCGUGGCCCUGCUGUCUCUGUCCAUGGUUGUGCUGGCCAUCGGGCUGAUCUCUGCCACACGCACAGACAAUGUGCCUGUUGCUGGUUACUACCCCGGCAUCACUCUGAGUUUUGGAGCUUUCCUAGGUAUUGUUGGCAUCCACCUGUUGGAGAACCGCAGACCUAUGCUCAUGGCAGCCAUCAUCUUCAUCAGCAUCGGAGUCAUCACGUCUUUCUUCUGUGCUGUCGUGGACGGGAUCAUCGCUGCAGAGUUUAUAGAUCGAAGACCCCUGCUAGAAGGCAGCUGUGAGUUUUACGUCAGCGGAUCUGGUUACGCCUAUGACAACUACUAUACUGAGGCGACGUGCCGUUCGUCCAACAGUGCAUGCAAGCUGCGAGUGAGGAGCAACACGUGCUACUGUUGUUACCUGUACAACUGUGAGAGCCCAGACUACCAUGCACAGUACUAUGAGUUCACCGGGGUCAGCAGCUGCUGGGACGUGAUCCACCUGCACCGUCUGCUCUGGGCCUCUGUGGUGCUCAACCUGUUAGGCUUGUUCCUGGGCAUCAUCACUGCCGCCAUCCUCGGGGCGUACAAGGACAUGAACCCCACUCCCCAGAUUUCCCCCAGCCCGGCACCGCCGCCCCACAUCCUGUACAACCCCACCCAGCACAUGCUCACCUAUGCUGGCUUCUGUCCUUCAGGACAGACCCUGCCUGCCUACCCCAACUAUCCACUGCCUUUGCAGCCAAAUGGCAACUAUCAGGCACCUACUACACCCCAGCCAGUCCCCGAGGGAGGUCCCACCUCCACCUCCUGCCCCUCCGAGGAGAGCCAGAGCCAGCCCCCUUCUCAGGCUCCCACCCAGCCACCAUCUCAAGGCGGGUCCCAGGAACAAGGGGGCUACAUGCUCACACCCAAUGCCCCUGUCCUCUAUGGAUCCUCCUACGGCCCCUUUGAAAAACCCCCACCUUAUGCCUGCUAAGCCUGCAGCCAAAACCAUGAGGCAUCCUGGUGAAGGUCUGGAGAUUUCUUUACCCGGCCAGUGAAUGUAGCACAGGACACGUCAUAGGCAAGCCUGUAGACUAGCCAGCACUCAGUGAGCUUCAAGACUAUAAUGUACUGAGUUUAUGCUUAAUACGUCUGAAUGACUGCACUGUAAUGAAAAACACAAACUUAGCUAUUUAGUGUGUUUUUUUAUAUCUCUUAUUAUGUAACUUCUGUGUACUUAUCUGUAAAUCACAAGCUGGUUUUCAGACUCUUGCUUAUACCAUAUAAUUGAGUGUAUAGCAGAGCACUGGACAGUGAUCUGAGUUGUUUCUGUAACCAGUGUUGGAUUACAAGGUCUCCUAUGUAUGGUUUCACUAUAGUAACUACUGUCCAGGCAAUUAAAAGGGCUGCACUGAAAUUUGAAUUGUAAAGUAAAUGAGAAUGAUGCUAUAUUACUUUUACAUUUAUCUUUGUGAAGUUCUCAUUAAGUGAUUCACACAAUCAAUAUACUAAAUAUAUUAUUGAUGAUGUGUAUGAACUGAUGUUAAGACCACUGGCUUCACUUAUCCUUAUUAAGAAACACAUUUGGAAUAUGUGAAAUAAAUUUAGAUGUUUAAAUGUUACUACUACUAUUACCAACAUUUGGAGUAUAUUUCCCAUAGCAGGAUUAGCAAGUAAGCCUGCCAUUUGUUAGUAAGCCAGAUAAUGUAACAUGUUAUGUAGAUUCCUCUAAGAUAUUUAUUACUAAGAUUACCAGCAUACAUGACAGAUUAAUAUUUUAGUCUUUUUUCCCCCAGAUACCUGGCUAAUUUUGUAAUCCUGCAUUGUGAAAUUCCCCCAGGUGUUGAACAGUAUCAUAAAAUUAAACAUGUUCUUGUUGUUUGCCUGAUAGUGUUGUCAUUAGCAAUAUACCAUGCAUUUUGCAGUAUGGAAAAAAACUAAAUUUGAGGAAUAGCACUGACAAUCACACAGCACAUAAAAACAACCACAAAACAAGAUGGUUUUUUUUUUUUAAAAUACAAUUUUACUCUACAUUAUCUCCAUACAACUGCGUUUUUUUGUUUUUAAAUAGGAAUUUCACUGUUGAGGGAAGUUAAAACUCAACAGACCUCUCUCAGCAUUGUACACAUACUGGCAGUUAAAGUGAAAAAUAAAAAAUAAAGAGGAGUUCAAUAUACAACACAUAUG